AUUUUCCAGCCACCCCUGGUUCUACACGACAUCUAGUGGGCUCCCAAGUUCUUUCAACGCUCCUCGCGAUUAUCAAACUCGUUUUCGUUCCUUUGACUAGUUUUCGAAUUAUCGAAUCUUGUGUCUUGGAGCGCGAUACGGUCUUUGCCUCGCUGAGCAGCCUCCCUCCUCCUCCUCCUCCUCCUCCUCCUUCUCCUCCUCAGCCACCCUCUGUAAAUCAUAAUUACUAUCUAUAGCAACCUCGGACAGUUCCUCGAUCGACGACAGUUUCAAAGCGCAAUCGACGUUUCAACCACUCUUCCAUCUACAAGUUUGAAAAACAGCAACGAGCAUACACUUUAUGCAUUAUUUCUCUUGACGGUGGAUCCUGAAUAAUGUGGUAGGGCGACUGUUUUGGGGGGCCAGUCACAAGCAUGGAUGGGUACUCUGCAAUGAGGGACCCUGACGACUAUGGGCCGGAAAUCCCGUCGGCGCAGUCGCACGCCUCGAGUGGGAGGAUGCCGACCGAUGGAUAUACCAAGGAGAUGGUGAAAGCUUUCCGAGGCGACGCGCAGGAUGACCAUUCAAUGAACACAAAUCGCCCUCGCGACUCCGCGCUCGUCGAUCUCAAUGACCCCAUACAAGUCCAUCUUCUCACCGAGACCGCUCUAUCCGACAGCAAGACAUACCAAAUACUAUCGCAGGAAGAGGUCGACGAUCUCAAGAAGCAAAGCCAACUCUUGACCCAACGAAUCGAACAGACCCGCGCAAACUUGAUCAUCCAAUCCAAAUACCGCGAUGCUGCCAUUUCCGUUGCCAAGCUCUACGGGGCCCAGAGUCAGGAAGGGGGAAAGAGGCCGAGCUUUUCGGAUCAGGACAGCGAAUCGGCGCGCGAGGCGGAAAUGGAGCGUCAGGAGAGCGAGAGGAUAUGCGAGGAGCUAACAUCCGAGCUGUGGAAUUUGGAGAAGCGUUUGAUGGAGCCGCAGAGGAGGCUUCUCGAACACACCGCCGGUAUUCUUCAGCUCACCCACAAGGCAUCCAAGAAGGCGGCGUCGGCCGAAAAGAACGUCAGACUUCCGCCUAACCAUGGCAUACCCGGCAGCCCUGAGAGUCUAUACACCUUCUCAAAAGACCGAAAUAGCAUGGAGGCCGCCGACGAUGCGUAUUUGGACGGCCAGCAUGUUGGUGUUCGAGGGCUCGGUGGGAGCGGUCUCGCCACGAAUCUGCCCAAGGAGUUGCCUAUCGAACCUCCACAACGGUCACCCAUACGGGAGCAGACUACUCAGAUACGAGAUGAAAAUGAGCGGCUCCGGGCCGAGAACGAUCAACUUGCUGCCCAGGUUGAAAUGCUGUCGACGGAUCUUGAUGGCCUUCGGGAAGUAGAAUCAACGCGCCAACGGUGGAUGGCUGAGGCCGAACAGCGAGUCGGGAGCCUCAGCGGGUCUCUUCGGGAUGCGCUCGUGAGGCUCGAUCCGGAGAAGAAGGGCAACUGCCAGCCGCCACCGUCUGGACCACCCGAUGCUGAGAGAUCACCGGACCCCGGAUCCGUUCUGGACAACCAUUUGCACUACCUAGAGCAGGGACUUAUGAGGGUCCAAGAAACCCAUGAAACUCGGUCAUCGGAACAGCUUCGAGACGCCGAGUCGGCCGCCGCCACCGCUUCUAUUGCCCUGGCCCAAGCAGAGGCUCGCGUCGAUACACUGAAUGCCCAGCUAAGAGACCUCCUUGCCACCAUCGAUCCCAACUACCCGGAUCCUCCCGACUCUUCCAACGUCGAACUUGGUGCCCAGUUUGACUACGCAGAAAAGUCUCUACAGGUUGUGGAGGCGGAGCUGGCUCGCGCGGCUGAGACGUCCGCGUCGGGCGCCCUCCAAAGACAAGAUGUCGUCGACCAGACCGACGCUGUGCUUGUGGGACUUUGGGAAAUCAUUCAGAACGGAUACGCAGAUAUUCAGCAGAGGAGGGAGCAGCGCCGCAGGAUGCGACAGGAACAGGGCCUAGAACUCGACGAAGAAGACAUGUCCGGAGACGACGACGUGGACGCCACCGAGCCGUACACCCUAUCCUCCUUCUCGACGAGAGUGCAAUGGCUGUACACCCAGGCAACGAAGCUGAAGGACCAGAAAUCGGUCCUCAAGCGCCAGAUCAAGCAACAGCGCGAACUCAACAACAAGUCCGACUCGGCCAAGGACGCGGAGCUCCGAGCCAAAGAUGACGAGGUGACCGAGGUCCGAACACUCCUCCACGAGUCCCAACAGGAAGUUAGGAGGGUGGAAGGCUUGCUGUCGGAUGCUUUGAAGAACGCGGAAGACGCCAGCGCCAGGCUUGAGGCCAACCACUCCACCGUCUCCUGGGCGGAGGAGCAGCUUCAGGAACGCGACGCCAAGAUAGAAGCGCUAGAGGCCGACGGCAAAGCGAUCCAGUCCAGGAUGGCGGCCAUUACCGCGACCAUCCAGCAGAUGGAGAGUAGUCUGGACAAGGCGGACGAGGACGUGGCCGCGCUCUCGACCAAGCUGGCCGAGGCCGAGGCGCGGGUGCGGGAACGCGACGCCAAGAUAGAAACGCUGGAGGCCGAGGGCAACUCGAUCCAAUCCAGAAUGGCGGCCAUUACCGCGACCGUCCAGCAGAUGGAAAGUGGUUUGGACAAGGCGGACGAGGACGUGGCCGCACUCUCGACCAAGCUGGCCGAGGCGGAGAAGGCGGUCGAGGAGAAGCAGCAGGAGGCGGACGCCAAGGCCAAGCUGGUCAAGGAGCAGGAGGACGAAAUCGAGAGGUUCCACAUCAUGAUCGCCGAGCUCAAGACGGAGCUCACCAUUGCGCAGGCCGAGCUGGAGGGCGCCUACGGCUCUCGCAAGGAGAGGGCCGUCGAAGCGGCGGCGCUGAAGAACUCGGCCGAGGUGGGCCAGUUCAAGGCCGAGGUGGAAUCGUUGAAGGACGAGCUGGCGGCCACGCUCAAGGAGCUGGAGAUCAUCACGGCGGAGACGAUCGGGGCGGAGCGCGAGAAGCUGGCGGUGGAGACGCGCCUCGACGACGCCCUGGCCGCCCGUGCGGCGCUCGAGCUCGAGGUCGCGGGCCUGAGGGACCGGAUCGACGCGGAGGCUCGCACAGCCCACGACAAGAUGGCCAAGCUGCAGGAAGAGCUCGAUGCCGAGAGGCUGCGGGCCGUGCCGACAGCGGGUGGCUCGGCGGGUGCAAGGCCUGGUGCCGGCGCAUCGAUGCUGAGCGAGCAAUUCAGGGCGACUAUGAAGCGGGAACGGAAGAAGUUUCAGGAGGAUCUUCGAGAGGAACAAGCCAGGAGGCGGAGGCUGGAAGAUGAGCUUCAGAAGCUGCGCAAGGCUGUCGGGCCUGGCAAGAGUCCCCUGAGCCCCAGGUAGCGCCUGGUGACAGGGGAGGUCUUCUUCUUGGUGGGUAGGUGGCAAAGUCACGACUUGGCCGAGGAGAAUAUUGUGCUAUGUUAUGUGAUUUCUUUUUUUUCUUUUUUUCUUCUUUUUUUGGAUAUCCAUGACCUUCGUGUCUUCGCUAUAUAUCAUUUCCCAGUCAAAUUAUUCAGAGGAGAAGGGAGGAGAGCUUCUUUUGCAAUUUCUUCCUUGUCUUAUAUAUGAUAGCGGAGAGUGGUCCGGGCAGGUCGAAGCACCCAGUUGAGCUUUCUUGGCUGCUCGGUUACUGAUAUGAUGGAUAGAAUGGAUAGAUGCCUGUAUAUGAGCGCCACGGCCCAGAUAUGAGGAAAUAAUCCGGUUCCUCCUGCCUAAGGGGGUCGAGGACACAGUACAUUGUUCAAUCAAUUGCCAUUCUAGUCGGCGCUUGGCCGGGG